GUACAGCAGGGGGCCAUGCCGUUGAAUACAGGACUCUUACAACUAGACCACUUAAAAGUGCGAAAUACUUACACAGAUAGGCCUACUUACUGCAAAUAGGUCGACGCUUGCAAAAUGCAUGGCUGAGGACGCGUUAGGGUAAAGUUGGAGGGUGUACUGGGGGGACGGUACGUAUGGAGAAAAGUAAGGAGAUGGAAGAGAUGCAGAGAUGCUAUCGAGGCGGGUGGGGAGACCUUGAUGUUAGACAUUCUGCUUGUGAACCCCUCAUCACUGCAUGCAGGGAGGGACAGGCUGAGGUGAUAGAGCAGCUGCUGAGAGCAGGAGCCGACGCCACACUGUGUACCCCCCAGGGUCGGACCGCUCUGCAUGCGUGUCCUCCUGACCUCCAGGGGGCACUGUUAGGGUGGAUGCUCCGGCCUCACCUGCCGCCCCAGGCCGGCCUGUGGAGGGCUGCCUGGCUGGGGGACCUCCGCACCCUCAGACAACUGCUGGCCGGACCAGACACAUUGGACCUGAAUGCUCCAAACCCUGAUGGUCUGACCGCACUGAUGCUGUCUGUGAGGGACGUGGACCUGAUGCAGGUCCUGGUGGAGAACAGGCUGUCUUCACCAUGGCAACCCCGGCAUGGGGAGGUGGUCCGGGAGCUGCUGCUGCUCUCUGUGGAUGUGUGUAUCCAUGACAACAGAGGCUGGUCGGCUCUGGACUACGCUCUGAACAUCAACGGCCCCCAGAAAGAUGACAUCGUACAUAUGCUUCUGAAGGUCCUCACAAAAACAGAGAGUUCUCCUGGGCCAUGCCUCCCCCUGGACCGGCACAGUUCCUCGGAGCUACGAUCGGAGCGUGAGGGUUCCGGCCCCGAGGAGCCUGCUCCAGGUCAGCCAACAGACGGACGUCCCGGCUCCCCGCGGACCACCUCUCGACACUCAGAGGGGGAAUUGUUACAGACCUCAGAAGGAAAUCCACAUUCUCACCACAACAAAAUGAAUCGCCAGGAUAAGAGGCUGCCCUUCUGUUUCCAGAUCGCCAUGGAAACCCAGAGCGACGUCAGGCAGACCGACCAGGACGCAGAAAGAGGGAGCAGAGGCAGGGGUUCAUCUCUGCCAAGCCUGAGCGAGUGGAAUAAACCUGCGGUGGGUCAGAGAGAGUCUGGCACCCGCUCUACCAGGAGCAGGAGCCCCAGCAUGCCUGGAACCCCAAAGCAAGAGCACUUGGAUGGCAGCAACAGCAGGAAACAGAGUCAGGUCUCUGGGUCCCCCAGGCCGGUCUCUGGGUCCCCCAGGCUUGUCCUUGGGCCCCAGCAGCAUACCAGUUGCCUGCUGAGCCAGUCGGCCCCCAGCGUCAUGGUCCCCCUGCUGGACUCCAACACGCUGCUCCUAGCCAGAGCACAUAUCCACACGCGACUUGGCUCUCACGAGAACGACAGGAACGGGACCGGAAGAAAUAGCUCCAUGCCUGCCCCUCCUCCUCACAUCCUCCCUCAGCUCUUAGCCCCCUUGGAAGGUCGCACCAAAGGGCCCAUGUUGGUUCAUCAGCUCCUCCACCCCACGCCGCUGAAGCCCAUCAGGGGCACGCCCAGCAGGAACCUCAGGACUCUGCUGAGGAGAGAGCGUCUUUCUCGGGGCUCCGGCCCCACCACUAGGGGGGGCAGCGAGGAGAGCUCCAGCAGCAGCAGCAACCAGAGUUCCAUCGAUCUGGAUGAUGAGGUGGAAGAAGUAGAGAGGGACUUGACGUCAACGUACUUCCUCAAGGCUGAUGCUGUCGGGAGGGGAAUCAGGGCGAAAACAUCAGGGGAGCGUUUGCACCUUGUCAGACACGGGGCAAUGCGAGACCCAAUCGGUGAGACAAGAGACUCUAUUGACAUUGGUAAACCACUGAUGUCGGACAGCAUAAGGGUGGGUGUUAUUACCGGACAAGAGGUAUUUGAGAAUGAGCUUAAACAAUUGGACUCUGAAAGGGAAGACCGGAUGAUCAACCUUUGUGUGGAAAAUGAGAUGCAUCAUCAGAUCCGAUCCUAUCCCAAUGAGGAGUAUACAAGCCAAGCAUGCAUUAAAGGAACUGCAAAAUACAUAAACUGUGACCCGGAUGACCGGUACUCAGAAAGGCAAUGUAGGCUUGGAGAUGGACGUGAAGUUGUGGUUCCAUCACUUGGGAAGAACCCUCAUCAAUCGGUGAACGGUUUCCUAGGAGACGGUGAAGAAGUGAAGCCUUGUACGGUAAUGACCAGUGCCACUAUUGCUGUAGUCGAGAGGAGUCAAUAUUCAACGACAACCGUCAACCUCACUCUGUCACAAAAAAACUGCCAGAGAGACUUCAUGACGUCCCCUGUGAAACCUGUAAAGACUAAAGAGAGACGAACAAACGGGAAAAUGAGAAACAGAGCUACAAAUUCCCAAUUCCCUCAAUCCUUUGGCAUACUCAAUGGGAGCAAGUCCAAGCUGGAUCCCAAGACUAACUCAGUUUCUGCAACACAAGUGAAAACUAGGAUCAGAAAAAAACCCAACUUGGUUAUAAACGGAGAGGCAACGGUCAGUAGCGUUAAAUCCAAACCAAACUCAGUCGAAGUGGCUCAGCAGAACGCUGACACGCCGGUGGCCAGCGAGUCCUUCACAGGGGGCUAUCGGACCUAUAGCAAAGGUCCAAACUCUGACAGGUCCAAUGAGAAAGGACCUCACGUGAUACCUGCGGCCAGGGAGCUGAGAAGUGCAGGACAGCCCAAGAGAACCCCGGUGGUGGUGCCCAGUCCGAGGUCCAAGUCUGUGGUGGACCUCAUCACCUACAAGGACAUGUUCCAGACCAUAAACAGAGGGGACGACGGGCCGGUCAUCUACGAGAUGUUCGCCGGCCCGAUGUUCGACAAGCUGAGAAUCUCUGCUUCUUGCGACAAACCCAAGGUGGGAACGGUGUCCAUGCCACCCAGAAAGUCCCAUCAAACCUUCAAAGUGAAAAAGCAGCCCUUGAAGAAACCAGUGGAGCACAGAAAGCUGAGGAGAAGCCCGGCGGAGAAGAUGGUGGUUUCGUCCACCGGCAAGAGGAAAGCGGUGUCGGCGUCGAAGGUUGAACCCUGUCUGACUGCUGGUCAGGGAAAGGAUCCACACAAAAUGGAGGAUGAUCCUAAACUGGAUUUGCAAACACAGCCUGAUUCUUUUCUGACCGAGGAAAGUGAGGAAGAGGAGGAGAAGUAUCUUGAGCCCUCUUCGGACCGGGGAGGAGAUCAAAUGAUGUCCGUUAUUCAGGAGGUGCAAUCUGGAUAUGGAUCUGAAACACUCAAACCAGACGAACUGUCGUCAGCUCGACAGAUGCAGCGGGAGCGAUCUUCUCGCCGCCAUGAUGUCGAAGACCUUCAGGACGGCCAUGAACUAAAUCCACACAAUCUAAGGACUUCAUCAGCCCACAGCAGUAGAAGCAGAGACGGAGGAGAGACAUACCAUCAGGUUCCUGAGCCUGUGCGAUCUCAAAGCCCAAAGCAGACAAAGAUCAACUCCCGGACCUCUGACAGAAGCAACGGCACCAUCUCGCCCGUGUACAGAGAAUGCCUGGAUGAAGUGGGGGAGGGGCCAAUGACGGAUGAGCUUCUGAAGUGUCUCGCACAGGAGCUGAUCUCAUUGGACGAGACAGACACUUCCAUAGGUCCCUCUCCGAUCUUUCAACCGUUCGGCAGCAGAGGAAAAGGGGAGGGUCCAGGAAGGCCAAAACAGAAAAUGCCAGAGCAGAUAUCUUCGACGCUGGACUCAGUGGUGGAGGACACCAUCACCUGGACCAAAGGAGAGGUUCUGGGCCGGGGAGCCUACGGAACGGUCUUCUGCGGCCUGACUAACCAGGGUACACUGAUAGCGGUGAAGCAGGUGAGCCUGGACACGUCAGAGCCCGCGGCGGCGGACAGAGAGUACGGCCGUUUGCAGGAAGAGGUGGAGCUGCUGAAGAACCUGACCCACACCAACAUCGUAGGGUUCCUGGGGACCUCGCUACGGCAGCACAUGGUGUCCAUCUUCAUGGAGUAUGUCCCUGGGGGCUCCAUCGCCAGCGUCCUGCACAGGUUCGGCCCCUUACCCGAGCACGUCCUGUCGCUCUACAGCCAUCAGAUCCUGGAGGGCGUGGCCUACCUCCACCUGAACCGCGUGAUCCACCGCGACCUGAAGGGCAACAACAUCAUGCUCAUGCCCACCGGCGUGGUCAAGCUCAUAGACUUCGGCUGCGCCCGGCGCCUCAGCCGCCUCAACCCCAGCAGCAGCCACAGCGCCGACCUGAUCAAGUCCGUCCACGGCACCCCCUACUGGAUGGCCCCGGAGGUCAUUACCGAGUCAGGGUACGGCAGGAAGUCGGACAUCUGGAGUGUGGGGUGUACGGUGUUUGAGAUGGCGACCGGGAAGCCCCCGCUAGCCCACAUGGACAAGCUGGCCGCCCUGUUCUACAUCGGAGCCCAGAGAGGGUCCAUGCCCUCGCUUCCCGACGGCUUCUCACGCCACGCCAGCAACUUUGUCGACGUCUGCCUCACCAGUGACCAGAAACUGCGACCCUCUGCGGAACAGCUGCUGAAACACCCGUUCAUCCCCAACAAGACCCGGGAGAACUCUCCGGAAACUCAGAGGAGGCCCUGCUGUGCCGCCCAUCCAGAUGGAUUCUGUCAUUGGUAGACGGACCGCUACGACAGAGGAUGUGCUAUGGGUAGAUGACCCACGACGAAGAAAGUGGUGUUAUCUGUUGACAGGCCGUUUGACGGAAUUUGUGUCACUGUUAAGACACAUCGUUCCGAUGGGAGUUGUGUUAUCGGUAGACAAGACCGUUAUGACGCAAGUUGUGUUAUCGAUAGACGGAUUGUUAUGAUGGCAGUUGUUUUAUCGGUAGACAGAUCGUUACUACAGAGGUUGUGCUAUCGAAAGAAGGAUAAAUAGACGAUGACGAAGGAAGUCAUGUUAUUGAUAGAAUACACUGGUAUGACAUGACACUUUCGGGCCCUAUAUUACCACCAGGUCCACCAAGAUAUGAUUGAUAAAUCAACCUACCAGCCUACUCAGUUAAGUGUUUUAUAAAUUAUUUUAUAAAGGAUCAGGAUAAACUGAGGUCCGAAAUUCACAUGAAAGUGAGUCAGAUAUAGUGCACUUUGUAUGUUAUUCAUGGUUAACAAUUGAAAGAUCCGACCUGCUUUGAAUGUUAAGUUGACUUAAAUUCCCCUCUGCAUGAUCUGUGCCAACUAUUUAAAACCACUUGAUAUUGUGUACUUAUAAAUUAAAGUGUACAUUUUGUACAUCUUAAAUCCCUGGAUGAACACUGUUUUUUAGAGCAGACACUAUCGCAGCCAAUACUUAUAUUGUUAACAUAACUCAACCCAAGUCUCCACGUCUUACGACUGACAUGUACUUAUGUACCGAGACCUUUAAGGAGAGCAGCGGCACAAUGAAGACACACAAUGAAUAUCUUGUGUUUUAAUGCAUCUUUAAAAAAGGUACCUUUUCCGUGUGAUUGUAUUACUCAAUUAAAGAUGGUUGAAGUUGGAUAAUGAAUGUCGAAAAAGGUCUACUGCACUUCGUUUGCUUUAUCAAAAAGCUUUUUAUUUUUCCGUGGCCAAGUCGCUUGCCCCAGGGAACAACCAAGAGUUGAACCUCUCGCUAAAUCAGGCCAUCAGCAAAACAAAUCUACAAAUGCAAAACAACUUGAAAACAAUAUUUUCUGAGAUAUUACUUGUAAUAAAUGAAAUAAUGACCAGAAAUGAACCUUUUCUUUUUACAGUGCAGGUAGGUGAAUGAUAAGAUUUUGUCUCAUUAGGGUUUGCAUACGGUCACUGUAUAAUAACACUGAUACACAGAUCACAUAGACCUGGUUCACACUGUUUAGGUUUCACUAAUCUAACCACUAAUGUACAGGCAAAGGGCUCAAUUGAUGUGAGCAUUU